GAAAUUUACAAAACACAAUUCUCGCACGAGGCCAAGCGCGCCUCGAAGCUCAAAGAGAAAUCGUCCUUCAUCUCGCCACGGUAAUGGCAAAUGACAUUCUCAGCAACGGUCGUUUACGGGAAAAUAUCGUUGUACAACGAACGAGAAACGACCGAAGCAACCGAGCACCAGACAUCCCAGCUAUAGAGAGUCGCAAUUGGUUGUUACAUCGACAUUACACGAGACACGAGUACAGCGCUUGCAAGCUACUCAUCGAGCAGGAAUUGACCAAAUCGAACGCUCAUGAAUACGCCAAUUACUUGAAGGGCUUAAUUCUCAGAAAGGAAGGCAAGAUUCAAGAUUCCCUGGAUUGCUUUCAGACCGCGUACAAUGUCAAUUCGACAAACCUUGAUAAUGUUAAACAGAUAGCGAAAUCGCUAUUAAUCAUGGGCAGUCACAAACGCGCGAUAGACGCAUAUAUGGAAGCUGAGAAGAUAUCCCUUUUACCAGACUGGGAAAUAUACCAUGGCCUCGGCGAGGCUUACGUGAAAUUGAAUCAGUUACAAGAGGGCAAAAAACAUAUCAAAAGAUCAACAGAAUUAACGAAAAGUGAAUUGCCCAAUAUCGAUCUCGCGAGACUCUAUCUCCUAGACGAUAUGAUUCCAGAGGCUAGAAAUGCUUAUACGGCAGCUUUAAACGGGAAUCCCCAGAGCAUCGAUGCAGCGACAGAACUGGGUCUCCUGUAUCUUAGAAUCGGAGAUACGCAACGGGCAUUCCAGCAGUUUGGAGCGGCUUUAGCUCAUUCACCCAAUUGCGUCAAGGCAAUUUUACCUAUGGCUUACAUAAUGCAAAAUCACCGAGAGUACGAUGUGGCUUUAUCGAAAUAUAAAGUUGCGGCGCAAACCAUUCCAGAGUCUUCAACCCUUUGGAAUAACAUUGGAAUGUGUCUCUACGCAAAACAAAAAUAUGUUGCGGCUAUUAGUUCGUUGAAGCGAGCGCAUUACUUGAGCCCUAUGUCUUGCAUCCCGUCCUGCAAUCUAGGAAUCGUUUUUCUCACCACUGGACAGCCUGCGUCAGCCGCGAUCUAUCUAUGCGCUGCAGUUAGCGCUGAACCAAAGAAUUGUAUGCCGUAUCUGUUAUUAGGUUUAAAAAUCUGUAUUUUUAUCUCAGUGGCUUUGAAACGUUUGGAUGAUCUGGAAGGCGCCGAAAGGUCACUGACGAAAGCACACGCGUUAGCUCCUCAGGAUCCGCUAAUAUUGAUUAAUUAUGCUGUCGUACUCGAUGCUCGCGGCAAACAAGCUAAUGCCACUGAAAUUUUAACAGCGCUCAACGACAUUAUGGCUGUCGUUGAGGUUGAUGCGCAGAUAUCGCAAAUGGCAAAGAAGCUGUCAAAGAGAUUGCAACGUGAGAAAACAGAGUCAAGCACCAAUCAGGAAAUACCAAUGGAGGAAUAUGAAACACGGCGCAAAUUGAGCGCUGACGAAGUUUAAAAUUCACCUUUCGUGUCUCUCGUCACGCGAUAGUGUCUUAUCCACAGGGAUUUUAUAGUACGGUAAUAAUCUUAAAGUAUUGAGAGAGAUAAACAUAAUUUAUGAUAAAUUAUAUGUACCGCAUUUAUUUAUUUAUCGUACGCGUACGCAAUUCUAGAGUCCAAAUGUAAGCGUAUACUCUUCAGUAAAAUAAUUUUAAUAUCUUGUUAAAUGAAAAGCUUGUUAAACUUGG